GGCUCAUAAAAUUUCUUGCGAAUUGAUGAAAUUUAUCGAUGUCACCUUGAUUUUUUUCCUCCAGGCCGAGCUUCUGCUCAACCAGAUUUAUCAGUUUGCAUAGAGAAAUCGUUUGCGUUCUCUCCUGCAAGUUUACCGUGAGCAAAUCUAUUCUUCAUUUUGUCCUCUUCUUGCUACUUACCUCCAAACAUCAAAACCGCAAAGCCAUGUCGCCCCGCUCCGGAAUUGCCGCUGGCCGCGAACGUGGUCACGUCACCACGGUGCGCACCCUGAAGCAAAAGCCCUCCAAUAUGAAGGGCAAGCUCUCCUCCAAAGUCGCCCUCGUUCGCGAGGUGGUCCGCGAGACCGCGGGCUUCGCGCCCUAUGAACGUCGUGUCAUGGAGCUCAUCAAGAUGGGGUCCGCCUCCUCCCUAUGCAUUGCAAAUAUGUCUAGUAGGUCUGGAAGGAUGCAACUUGUGAUGCUGCAUUUGGAUUCUACAAAAAUCUGUAUUGCAUAAACAGAAAAAGAGGUCCAGUUUUUGCCACGGUGCGAGGGCAUUUCUCAUGCGGUACAGGCAUCAGGAAGUCCUCGAAAAAUAUGUGAUGCUAGGGUAGGCAUCACAGACAUCAGGAGAUAUGCAAAAUGUGCAUGACAAACCUUGCAUCCCUCCAGACCCAGACAUAUUUGCAUUUAAUACUCCCUGAAGCGUGCGUUGAAGUACGCCAAGAAGCGGUUGUAUGACUGUGCACAACUCCCCCUCCCCCUCAUUUGUAAUGCAAAAUACCAAACUCACACGUAAGCAUUGUUAGCAUGACAAAUUUUGGAACCUCAAAUAGUACUACAAUCCGCAUGUAGAUUUGUCAUGCGAAGGCCCCUUUUCUGCUGUUGCUUGUGUUGCUGUUCAUGCAAUACAAAUGUGGGGGAGGGGGAGUUGUGCACUUUUAUAGGUUGGGCACGCACAAGCGCGGUAAGAAGAAGCGUGAGGAGAUGACCGAGGCGAUUGUAUCCUGUGCAAAAGUAUCGUACUCGUAUAAAUGCUGGUCUUGCAUUACAAAUUUCUUUGUCAAGCUCAAGGCAAAUCAGCAUUACAAAUUUUAUUUCUCAUGCUGAGAAAAUUUGUAAUGCAUUUAUACGUGUGCGAUACUUUUGCAGUUCAUAGAUUGCCGCCCAGCGCAAGAAGCACUAAAUUUCUUCAGUGCUAAAUGUAAAUUGGGUCUUUUCUUGGUCAAUCUGGUAUGAGAAGAAGAGGGGGAGGACAGAUUGAUGCUUUAAACUUCGGGAGUCGAAAUGGAACAUGAACAUCAACGCGGGAAAGUAGAUAUAUAAGAAGAUUUUUCGAGAUUUUUCCGUUUGUAUGCCUCCCUGCUCGUCGUCACGGAAUAAAUUGGGACGUCGUUCACUGCUAAUUACAGACGGAACAGUAGAGGGUCAUUGUCAUUUUUAUGUCAGCAUGACCAUAUCUAACACGGAAUAAAAGAAGAACGGAAACACUACUACAACCACAGAACAUCAACAUAAGACACGCCACAGCAUUAACCUCGAAAAUGAACACAAUGCACACAACUAGUAGUUUUUGUCGUACUUUUUUACAAAGUAUGGUACUAAAAAACAAGACCUUCAUCGUAUGUGCUGCAUGUGGUGGUCAACGGAUACGGAAAGAUGAAUCAAAAAUGUCGCAUGAAGAUUUUUCUGCUUCGGCAGAAAAUAAGAUAAGGCCAUUGUACUGUUAAAGAAGUGAACAUCAAGAGCCAGUAUUCUAUUAAUGUGAGAAUGCAACCAGAGCUGCCAAGUAGUACACGAUGUUGAAAAGCAAUGUAGUACAAAGUACCACGUCAAUUCCAGGGAAAUACAGCUACAAAGAAUUACUCGAUCUGGAGGACGAGCGCCUGCUAUUCACCCAAUGAAUACUUGCUGGUGAUCGGCGUUUCAUCAAAAACUUUCACAAACAAAAUAAAGCACGCACUCAGCAAACACAGCACUAGAGGAAGGAGGUAGGACUAUGUAUAAUACUUACUUUACAUCACCUCCACCACCCGAAAUGUCCAACCUUGUUGGAUGUUUUAUAUGUGUGAAAUACGCGGAAAACUCAAAGGUGAGUCGUGCGAAAAAACUAAAUUUCCAGUGUAGUGCAGGAC